AUGACUACGAUAGCGUGGGCGAUUGCUCGCUCAGCCGUCGCCGUCCUAUGCGUUUUCACAGUAGCCGAUGCCAAAGUCAAGGACACGUUUUGGGGAUAUUUCGACGAUAUGGUGGGUGAGGGUAACGAGAGAAGCGAUGUGACCACCGUUGCAGAGAUACUCGACCGUGGCGCUGGUGUGCAGAUUGAGGACUGUGGCGGUAAGAGUGAUGUGAUGUCUGUCACUCGCGCGGAGUUCGACCAGGCCCAUCUCCAGGUGCGCGUUUACGGGGAUCUCUCGAAUAACGUGUCGGGGGGCACUGUCAACGUUAAGAUGUACAAGGGCUCGGCUGCCGAAGGCUCAUCCUCAGGAGACUGGGUGAAGCGUGAACUCGCAUGGCACAGCGUCCCUCACACAUACGAGGAGGACUUGUGCAAACACUUCGGCAAAAGCCACAGCCGUCGCGGAUGCCCCCUUCCACCUGGGAGCACCGAGCUCCGCUUCGCCCUCGACGCGUUGCCACCGAUGGUGGUUGCUGGCGGCUACAAGCUGAAGAUCAAGGUCAUCGAUUCCGCAGGCAAGGCCAUGACGUGCUUGCGGGUGCAUGUGGAUGUCCCUCGAGGCAAGAGUGGCGAGCUGUUCCGCAGGGUCCAGGCGCUGCCGAUGGCACAUGCAGGACGGGCUCUGAUGUCUGGAGCCGAAAGCUGUAACUGUCCCUACUCAGACCCCGUGUGUGGUGAAGACGGCCAGACGUAUGACAGCACCUGUCAAGCCAGCUGUGCCAAUAUUGAUACAGCCUACUUGGGCAAGUGUGACUACCAGGUAGAUCGUGAUGGGCGAGCCCUCAGUUCGUGGUGGACAACGACCGACGAGGAACCAGACGCGUGCGAAGAUGACGAUGACCUGCUCAUUUAUGUCGCCAGCAUGAACAACAUUUCCUGGCUUACUGGUUGUGCGGAUGCAGCUGGCAUGUGCUACGUCGAAGAUGUGCAAGACAUAUGUUGCGAAACGUGUGGUACAGCUGAGACGGAGUGCAAAGAUUAUGACGACACACUGUGGAUGUUCGACAUGGGGUCUGACGACUGCAGCGAAGUGGCGAGCUGGGGAUAUUGCUCUGACAGCCCCGAUCUUCAAUACGUGUGUUGCGAGUCGUGCUCUGCGGAGGCCACGCCAGAGCCGGAGCCAGAACCAGAGCCUGAGCCCGAGACCUGGUGGACAACGACCGACGAGGAACCAGACGUGUGCGAAGAUGACGAUGACCUGCUCAUUUAUGUCGCCAGCAUGAACAACAUUUCCUGGCUUACUGGUUGUGCGGAUGCAGCUGGCAUGUGCUUCGUCGAAGAUGUGCAAGACAUAUGUUGCGCAACGUGUGCUGCAGCUGAGGGGGAGUGCAAAGAUUAUGACGACACAUUGUGGAUGUUCGACAUGGGGUCUGACGACUGCAGCGAAGUGGCGGGCUGGGGAUAUUGCUCUGACAGUUCCGAUCUUCAACACGUGUGUUGCGAGUCGUGCUCUGCGGAGGCCACGCCAGAGCCGGAGCCAGAACCAGAGCCUGAGCCCGAGACCUGGUGGACAACGACAGACAAGGAGCCAGAUGUGUGCGAAGAUGACGAUGACCUGCUCAUUUAUGUCGCCAGCAUGAACAACAUUUCCUGGCUUACUGGUUGUGCGGAUUCAGCUGGCAUGUGCUACGUCGAAGAUGUGCAAGACAUUUGUUGCGCAACGUGUGCUGCAGCUGAGAUCGAUUGCAACAACUAUGACGACAUACUCGGGAUGGUCGACGUGGGGGCUGACGAUUGCAGCGAAGUGGCUGGCCAGGGCUAUUGUUUUGACAUCCCCGAUCUUCAACCCUUUUUUCAACACGUGUGUUGCGAGUCGUGCUCUGCGGAGCUCUGCGCGGACGGCUGCUACAACGGGUGGGAGGGUGACGGCAUUUGCGACUCCGCGUGCAACAAUUGGGAGUGCAGUUAUGACGGAGGCGACUGCGACGAAGAGCCGCCGCCCGACCCUGAAGGACUCGACUGCGGUCAGUGUACCGACGAUGAAGGGGAUUGCGCGUUCUUUGUCGGAUCAGAGACUGCUUCAUGCGGAUCAGGAUACGAGGUCGUAUACGGGAACUACUGCUGUGAUCACUGCAGCCAUCCCGACCUACAGUUCUUUGGCUGCGUCUUUGUCGGUUGGUCAGGUGCUUGGGCUUACAGCCCCACGUUCGUGCCCUUGCUGUUGAGCGUCAUUGUGGUGUUGCAGUGA